AUGGAAGUGGACGAGGUAGAGGAAGAUGGAGGACAGACGCCUGAUUCAAAUGAGGACAGAGAGCCUGGAACUGAUGAUAUUAUUAAGGAAAUCAAUAGUAUAGAACUGACCAUUGUCGCUCUACUACGAGUCGCAUCUCAAGCCACCAGUAUGUUGACAUCAACUGCACCAACCAAAGAUCCAUUGUCGGGAUUAGCGUUUGACGAUCUGGCAAAGAGAUACUUUGAUGCCUUGAACGUCAUUCAAAACAGACUACGAGUCGUAAUACGCUUACUCGCUGACAAGGGUGUACUAGCACGUCCCGAUCAACACCCAAUGCCAAUCAAAACGAAUGUACAUGGUGAAGAAAAGGAUUUGGAGUUGCUUGUUGAGGCUGUUGAUUUAUUGAGAUCCAAGAUGAAGGAUGCGUUGGAUCAGCAUACGGCUAGAGGAGGAGGAGGUGCAGGUGCAAGUGAGUCCUGA